GGAGUGUUAUUGUCUAAGUGAGGGGGUGUAAAUUAGGUGUUCGGGUGUUCAUUUCAGGUGUUUCCGGCGUAAUUAGGCCUCCCAAGUGUACCUGCCUAGUGUACCGUAGUGCUUUAUAGGCCUAGGGAUCUAUCAAACCUUAAAAAGCACCCUAAUUAGGCCUAAAAAGGGGCGAAAACACGAGUGAUCCCAGGGUGGUGGCGGUGGUGAUUUGUUUAUAUCUAACCCUAGGGUGUAUUUAAGACAAAGCAAGUUAUCUAGGGUGUAUUUUUCAGGGUGUAGGUCUCUGGUAAGGGUGUAUCUAGGGAUCAAGGGCGUGUAAGGGCGUAGAAUACCUUUAUAUAGGGUGUAAUAGGAAGAUUAGGGUGUAUUAGAAAGAUUACGAUAAACUUCCAGGGUGUAAAUAAUUAAAGGUGUAUCUUCUAGGGUGUAGUUGUUCCCAGGGUGUGAUAAUUCUUAAGGGUGCGUAUUUCACGUCUCUAGGGUGCUGUGGGGAUCCAGGGUGAAUAGGGUGUGUGAGAUUAGGGUGCAAAUCUUAAGUGUGAGGAGGUAAUUAGGGUGUAGAUAUUACGCAAGGGUGUUUUCGAGAGCGUAGAGAAAGGUUUAGGGUGUAAAAUCAGGGUGUAUCUAGGGUGUAUGUGCCUGUGUGACGGUGUAAGAGAGAGAGAGGGAGUGAGAGAGAGAGGUAAAGCAUAAUGCCAAAGAGAGAGUGAGAGAGAGAGAGAGAGAGAGAGAGUACAGCAUUGAUACCCAGUAAAGAAGUGGAGGAGGAGGAGGAGGAGGAGGAGGAGCGGCCAUGCUGAAAGGAAGGGGAUGGUUUGGGGGGGGAGGACUGUGGAGGAAAAACCCCCAUUCCCUCGACCAUUUGAGGUACCUGUACAAUGUGUUGAGCAAGAACCAAGUGGUGCAAGAAAGCAACAGGGGACUACUGGUGGAGACACUUCGAUCCAUCGCUGAAAUACUCAUUUGGGGCGAUCAGAAUGAUUCCUCUGUGUUUGACUUCUUCCUGGAGAAAAAUAUGCUGUCUUUUUUCCUGCCAAUAAUGAAGCAGAAAUGUGGUAGCUAUGUGUGUGUUCAGCUGCUGCAAACGCUGAACAUCCUCUUCGAAAAUAUACGGAACGAGACCUCUCUGUACUACCUCCUCUCGAACAACCACGUCAACUCCAUCAUCGUUCAUAAGUUUGAUUUCAGUGACGAGGAGGUAAUGGCUUACUACAUAUCCUUCCUGAAGACUCUGUCGCUGAAACUCAACGCACACACCAUCCAUUUCUUCUACAAUGAGCACACCAACGACUUCCCACUCUACACUGAGGCGAUUAAAUUCUUCAACCAUCCGGAAAGUAUGGUUCGGAUUGCGGUCCGGACUCUGACCCUCAACGUCUACCGGGUGAACGACCAAUCAAUGCUGCAGUUCAUCCGAGACCGAACCGCGGCGCCCUACUUUUCAAAUCUGGUCUGGUUUAUUGGCAACCACAUUUUGGAGCUGGAAAAUUGCGUCAGGAGUGAUGUGGACCACAACAGUCGCGGCAGGCUGGAGGACCUUGUGGCUGAACACCUCGACCAUCUUCACUACAUUAACGACAUCCUGAAGCUCAACAUCGCUACCCUCAAUGCUGUGCUGGCUGACCACCUCCUCAACCGACUCCUGGUGCCCCUCCUGGUCUACUCCCUCAACCCCCGGCAGGAGAAGGAUGACCGGCCCCGCAUUAGCAGUGUAGUGGCCCUGUUCCUUCUGGCCCAAGUGUUCCUAAUUGUGUCCCACGCGCCUCUGGUCCGCGCCCUCGCCAAGAUCAUCUUUUACGGAGACAAUUCAAUCUUCACCGAGGACUCCCAGGUUCUGAAGGGGCAACGAUUUGUACGGAGAGGGUUUGUGGCCCCUGAAGAACCCCUAGAGAAGUCCCUGCAAGCCAGAACAUCAAGUGGAUCUGGGAGCAGCACCUCUCUCUCCCCAGCAGAGGAGCCAAAUGGAGGAGGAGGAGGAGGAGAAAGGGAUGAAGUGGCAAACUAUGAAGACCCAAUGGGAAUAUCUGAUCUUGCGGCCACACACGUAAACAUAACAGAUGAAGAGAAAGAAAUGAUGCGAGCCACCACCAUCACCACCGCCACCACUGCCAGCCCCGCCUCUACUGCCACCGCCACCUCAUCCAGCACUGCGUACCUCAGUGAAAGAAGAGGAGGAGGAGGAGGAGGACGAGAAGAAGAAGAGGAAGAAGAAGAAGGAGAAGGAGGAGAGGAUGACACAGUACCAGGAGGAAGAGAAGGAAGGGAAAGAGGAGGAGGAGGAGGAGGAGGUGGAGGAGGAGAACUAACUGAACCCUCCCUAAUCUCUCGUCCUUUUCUUCUUUCUACAAUUAACGCUCUAAAUUGUUCAGGCGAUGAUUAUUCCUCUCUCUUCGCGCUGUGCCUCUUGUAUGCCCUGGGACACAACCAAGGCAUUAAUCAAGAGCUGCUAGGCAUGGUGGUGGGAGGAGGCAGCAACACCACGUCCAGAGCUACCUAUGACGCACUGUUGGUCGACAAAAUGCUGGAAAUUAUAACUUUAUCGUGCCAAUACAACUCGAAGGUGCGCGUGGCAACCCUGGAGAUGGCAAUACUGGUCCUGAAGCAGCUGGUGGGGGUAGGCCUGGCAGGGGGAGGGGGGAGGAGACACGCUUACCUGAGGGACAAUCACCUGGCCAGCUUAGAGGGGGCGAGAGAGGAGGCAACACUCAUGCUGCGGAAUUUCUAUAAGAGUGAAGAGAUAUUUCUUGACAUGUUUGAGGACGAGUGGCUGGAGCUGCACCGGCGUCCUUUGAAUGUAGAGUACCUCCUGCAGGAUGCCUCUGUACUCCUCCCCCCAGCAGGCACCCCUCUCACUGGCAUCGACUUCAAUAAGAGGCUGCCCUGUGGUGAGGUUGAGAGAGCAAGGCGGGCAAUGAGGGUGUUCUUCUUGGUGAGGGAGGUUAGUCUGGCUGUCAGGGAGGAGAACGACCCACAUUUGCCCCUCACGAACCCUGCCGCCUGUGUUCAAGUGGCUGAUGUUCUGGAUCUUAACAACAGUGACCUCAUCGCCUGCGUGGUCAUCCCCCGCGACGGCCAGAGGACUAAAAGAUUUCUGGUCAUCGAUGUGAUCCAGCUUAUUCUAGUUGAACCGGAUCUGCGGAGACUCGGAUGGGGUGUUUCAAAGUUUGUCGGCUUCCUGCAGGACCUGGAGGUGACUGGAGACAAAGAUGACUCCCGGGUUCUCCACCUCACCAUCCAUCGCCCCUCCGCCUCAUCGGCCGCCCCUCCCAGCCCCUCCUUGCCGCCAAAGUUCAUAUUUGACGACCACAUCAGGUGCAUGGCGGCCAAGCAGAGGCUCAUAAAGGGGAGGAUGAAGGCAAGACAAAGAAAGUUGCACCAAAUUGCUCGUUUGCUUGAACUACCCAGCCAUCUCCAGCCCUGCCCCUCGCCCCCACCGCCCACGCCCCUGCACACCAUGAGGCAGGAGGCCCAUCAAAACGCACAGGACGGAGGAGGAGGCGGAGGAGGAGGAGGAGGAGGAGGAAGAAGAGGAAGAGGAGGAGGAGGCAACCAUUCCAGCCUCAGCCCAGGAAGAGUAAGCCGUCACGUCACCCGCCACCCACACACCUCCUCCUCCUCCUCCUCCUCCACCUCCUCCCUCCUCCCCCCUCCUCCGCCCCCCCGCAGGCCGAGAGGGGGGGGAGGGGGCCAGGUCGUCGUCCCGCCCUCGUCCCAGAAGUGAGGAGAUUCCAUUGGAAGACAUGGUGACAGCUGGGUCCCUGCAGCACACCUCUCUCUCUCUUCCCAAGGUAAACAUUGAGAGCCCAAACAAUGCCUUGGAGGACACCACAACACCCCCACCACCUGCUGGGGACACCACACACCCCCCGCAGGUCACGGAGAGCCCCACGGAGGACGGCACCCACCCCUCGGAGAACCCCAAGCAAGGCAGGGAUGCUAAGGAAGCGAAGGAAGAGAAAAAAGUCAUGAAAAAGAGAGUGAAACAUCAUUUUCAGCUCCUCUUCGUGGCUCUUCCUUUGACGUUUUCGAACCGCGGGCGAAUGGCCAGCUAGAGGGAGGCCAGGACGUGUGCCAGCCCUCGGUUAAGCCCCGGGGAAGCCUUGGGUCAGCGGAUUUCAGCCCCAUUCGAAAGGGAAGAGUUAAGGGAAGUGUUGAAACUGUGUAGUAAAUAUUUUGUUGGGUUGGGUUGGGUGACGUUUGGUUUGGUAAGGUUUGGUUGGGUAAGGUUUUGGUUGGGUAAGGUGAAGUUUGGUAAGGUUUGGUUUGGUUUGGUGAAGUUUGGUUUGGUUUGGUAAGGUUUGGUUUGGUUUGGUGAAGUUUGGUUUGGUUUGGUGAAGUUUAGUAAGGUUUGGUUUGGUUUGGUGAAGUUUGGUUUGGUUUGGUGAAGUUAGGUUGGGUAAGGUUUGGUGAAGUUUGGUUUGGUUUGGGGAAGUUUGGUUUGGUUUGGUGAAGUUUGCUUUGGUUUGGUAAGGUUUGGUUUGGUUUGGUGAAGUUUGGUUUGGUUUGGUAAGGUUUGGUUUGGUUUGGUGAAGUUUGGUUUGGUUUGGUGAAGUUUGGUUUGGUUUGGUGAAGUUUGGUUUGGUUUGGUGAAGUGUGUUUGGGUUCUGUUUAGUUUUCAUAGUUUUGCUUCAGUUUGGUUUGGUUUGGUGUGAAAGAAGACUAAAGAAGAAGAAGAAGAAAGAGAAAGGAGCAGGUAGUGAUGAUGACAAUGAUGAAAGUAAUAUUUUUUUGUGUGAAAUCUUAAUAUUUUCUCAGCUUAUUUUUUUGUUUAUUUAUUUAUUUUUUUCUUGUAUUUUGAUAUUAAUAUUGCUAAGUCUUCACUGUUAUAUUAUUACUUUGAGUUUACAGUCUUGUAAGUUUGUAUGUAUGUAUGUAUGCAUGUAUGUAUGUAUGUAUGUACGUGUUUAAAUUAAUUUAUCACACAAAGUUUAUCUAUACAUCAGCCUGACAAUCCCACACACACACACACACACACACACACACACACACACACACACACACACACACACACACACACACACACACACACACACACACACACACACACACGUCAGGCCCUGUUGGAGAGACUAGAUACAAAAACUCUAAGAAUAAUAAUAAAUAUGAUAUUUUAGUUAACUGGGCAGGGAAUCGUUAGCAAAUGGCCUCGUUAGGUUGUUAGAGGCCAUUAACACUACAAAAGGCUAUAAUGUACAUAAGUAUACUACACUACCAUGUUUGUAUAGAUUUUGAGCGUAUGUUUGUAUGUAUGUAUGUAUAUUUGCAAAUGUGUGUGUGUGUGUGUGUGUAUAUAUAUAUAUUUAUUGUUAUUUUGUUUCUUUAAUUAUUUUUGGGUUUUUUAGGUGAAGAUUUGUGUUAAUAUUCAGGAAAUGGAGGAAAAUGAUGUAAAUGUGAUGUAAUUGUUUGUUUGUUUGUUUGUUUGUUUUGUUUGUUUGUUUUUGUAAGGGAUUCAAGUAUUGGUUUGAUAUGUUAUGAUUCUCUCUCUCUCUCUCUCUCUCUCUCUCUCUCUCUCUCUCUCUCUCUCUCUCUCUCUCUCUCUCUCUCUCUCUCUCUCUCUCUCUCUCUCUCUCUCUCUCUCUCUCUCUCUCUCUCUCUCUCAUUCUGGUCUAUCUCAUAUUUCAAAGUACACACACACACACACACACACACACACACACACACACACACACACACACACACACACACACACACACACACACACACACACACACACACAUACACACACAGCUUCAAAGAGUGUUCAAGAGGAAGAGGAAGACUGCUAAGAUGUACAACUGUUGUUAUUGUUGUUGUUAUCUAAGAAUGUAAACAUAUCUAAUUACACACACACACACACACACACACACACACACACACACAAAGAGGUGCCAAGUAAGUAUACAUGGAAAGAUAUUAAUUGUAUAAAGGAAUGUAUGAAAUUUUGAUAUUGUAUGUUUUUUAUUUAUUUAUUUAUUUAUUUAUUUAUUUAUUUAUUUAUUUAUUUUUAUUUUUAUUUUCUUGUGUUUAUUCAUGUUUGCAGACAAGAAAGAAAGUAAUGUUGAUGAAUUAUUGGAAAAACACUAUUGUUACUGUUAUUAUUGUCAUUAUUAUUAUUACUAUUAUUAUUAUUAUUAUCAUUCAUUCAUUCAUUCAUUCAUACACAAUUUCUUUCAUGUUAACUCAAAAAAAACAAAACAAAUUAAAACAAAACAUUCUAUAUUCCAGUUUCUUCAUUAAUUAUUCAUGUAUAUAAAUCUUCCCACACACCUGUUGACUAGUGCAGGUGUGUUUAGCUCUGUUAUAAAGGGUAACAAUUAUCUGUAUAAAGCCAAGCCCUUUAAGAAUAAAUACACCUUGUAGAAACUGUAUUUAGGGCGUCACAACCUUACCCCAAUGUAUUUAAAGUAUGGAAGAUUGUAUAGGAAGGAGAUUUAAAUGUACAUUGCAAACUGACCCCAAGACUACUUCAGGUGUGUCAGCGGGUGUGUGGCAGUGAUGCAGGUAAGGACACGGACUUGGUAACACUGCUAGACUGAUCCUCUCUCAUUUUCUCACUUUCUUUCACUUUCACUCUCUCACUGGUUGAUCUACACUAUUUCUACCAAGAUUGUAAGGUAUUGGAAUGUUGAGAUACAAAUAAAAUAGUGAAAAUGUUAUUGUAAUAGUGUUUGUUAUUGUGGCUGGGUCCCCGUCACCUGCUUCACUUCCUGUCACACCUGCUGGGACAAGCUUCACCUGUAAUUAACUGUGUGAUUCACCUUGAUUUUCUUCCUCAGAGAUCGAUAUUGUGUAUAAGAUUAAGCUGGAAAGAGAAAUUUGUAUAAUAAAUGAACCUCGUUAGGAGAAUUUUAAAGAUAUCGUACGCUGCAACAUAAUUAUUGUAUAAACAGAGACAAAUGUUAUUGUUAUUCUAUACUGAAAUUUUGUUGCCAUAUUUUAUACAGUUAUGUGUGUAUGUAUGUAUGUAUGUAUGUAUGUUAGCGUUGGUGGGCGGAUGCAAACAACCAUGUAUGUGUGUCUGUCUGUGUGUGUGUAUAUACUUAUAUAUAUAUAUAAAGUAUAGUAAUAAUAAUAAAGCCAUUCUGAA